AUGCUUCGUUCUGACAGAGAGCAAAUUGCGAAACGUAUUGUGCAACACUACAGAACAGUAGCUAAGAAAAAGAAGAAUAUCACUGUUAAUCAUUUUUUGGCCGAAAAUAUUCCACGUCAAACAAUCUACCGUAUCAUCUGGAAGUAUGAUACAUAUGGUACUAUUGGAGACAAACCCAGAAGUGGUCAUCCACGAAAAACAUCUACCGGUCAACGAACACGUCUCAAAAGAUUGGUGAACCACAAGACCGGCAUUUCAUUAAGAAGAAUAGCACAAAAAUUCAAUGUUCAUCGAAGGACAAUUCAACAUGAAUUGAUUGAUACGGGCAUACACUAUCGAGAAAAGAAAUGUGCUCCUCGAUACACAGAAAAACAAAUCGAAGAAGUGCCAGCACGUGCUCGACGUUUAUAUCGUACAUUAUUGAACAAUGAUUUUGAACUCAUUAUGGGCGAUGAAAAAUAUUUCGCCUUAACCAAUGGAUCGGUGUCAACUAAUCGCGGAUUCUACAGAUCAGAUUCAAGUACCACACCUUCAGAUGUGAAAUUCAAACGCACUCAAAAGUAUCCUGCUAAAGUUUUGGUCUGGAUCGCCAUAUCUGAAAAAGCUAUCAUAAUAUCGAAAAAAGUGUUAUUCUGGCCCGAUUUGGCAUCAAGUCAUUAUACUGCAAGUGUAACCGAUUUUUUCGAAGAGAAAAAUAUCAAUUUGGUACCUAAAGAAAAAAAUCCACAGAAUUGUCCUCAGGCACGCCCUAUUGAAACAAUUUGGCAAAUUUUAGAAGAAAAGGUUUAUGGCGAUGGUUGGGAAGCCAAAACAAUCGACCAAUUGAAACAAAGGAUACAACAACAGCUGAAAAGAAUUGACAUGAAGUCUGUACAAGCAAUAUUUUCGUCAAUAAGAAAGCAAUUACGAAAAAUCGCAGAUAAAGGACCAUUCGCAGUUCGCUGA